AUGUGUGAGCCACUAUGCCACAUUGUCACACCUAUCGGCAUGCUGGGUUACGGCUUCAGCACCCCGGAUUUGGAGAAGGGCCUUGAGAUUGCCUUGCAAUCAGGCACACCGACCGCGAUUAUCCUCGAUUCUGGAUCGACUGAUUCGGGUCCUGCAAAGUUGGCCUUAGGGUCAAUGACCUGUCCACGAUCAGCCUACGAACGAGACUUGCGGCAGUUGAUUUGCGCCGUCAAGAAAUACCGCGUACCGCUACUAAUCAGCUCUGCUGGUGGAGAUGGAAGUGAUGCGCAUGUCAAGGAGUUUCUUGAUAUCAUUCGGGAGACUCUGGAGGCGCCCGAUCAAAGGUGA